CCCCUGCCAUUCCUCCUCAGGAGGACACCACGCCGCCGCGCACCGCCUCCUCUGUUUACCCAGGAAAGGAAACUGAUCAACGGAGAGGAACCUCUACGGUAGUUCGACUCGGCUGCUGCUGCUACACCCACGGCAAUGGCGCUCUCCACCACUAGCUCCGCGGCGGCCGCCGCAGUGGCGUCGUCGCAGCAGGGGGUGCCUGCUGCCCGCGCGACCCCGGCUUUCGUACCGAUGAUGGCGAAGCGCCGCGCGGCCGUCGUCUGCGCCGUCCACGCCGCGGAGCCGUCGAAGAACCCCGGGGUCCCGUCGGCGGCGAAGACGUCGUCCCCCACCGUGGCGCCGGAGAAGGCCCCUGCGGCUCCGGCUCCGAAGCCCGCGGCGCCGGCGAAGUGGGCGGUGGACAGCUGGAGGUCGAAGAAGGCGCUGCAGCUGCCGGAGUACCCCAACCCGGCGGAGCUCGAGUCGGUCCUCAGUACGAUCGAGGCGUUUCCUCCCAUCGUGUUCGCCGGGGAGGCGCGGCACCUGGAGGAGCGCCUCGCCGACGCCGCCAUGGGCCGCGCCUUCCUCCUCCAGGGCGGCGACUGCGCCGAGAGCUUCAAGGAGUUCAACGGCAACAACAUCCGCGACACCUUCCGCGUCCUCCUCCAGAUGUCUGCCGUCCUCACCUUCGGCGGCCAAAUGCCCGUCAUCAAGGUUGGGAGAAUGGCCGGCCAAUUCGCGAAGCCGAGAUCCGAUCCGUUCGAGGUGAGGGACGGGGUGAAGCUGCCGAGCUACAGGGGUGACAACAUCAACGGGGAUGCGUUCGACGAGAAGAGCCGCGUCCCUGACCCGCAGAGGAUGAUCAGGGCCUAUGCCCAGUCCGCCGCCACGCUCAACCUCCUCCGCGCCUUCGCCACCGGAGGAUACGCCGCCAUGCAGCGCGUGACGCAGUGGAACCUCGAUUUCACCGAGCACAGCGAGCAGGGCGACAGGUACCGUGAAUUGGCACAUAGGGUUGAUGAAGCUCUUGGAUUUAUGUCUGCGGCUGGGCUAACAGUGGACCACCCUUUGAUGACAAGUACUGAUUUCUGGACCUCACAUGAGUGCCUUCUCCUACCCUAUGAACAAGCUCUGACCCGUCAGGACUCCACCACUGGUCUAUUCUACGACUGCUCUGCCCACAUGCUAUGGGUCGGUGAACGCACUCGCCAACUUGAUGGUGCCCAUGUUGAGUUCCUCAGGGGUGUUGCUAACCCUCUUGGCAUCAAGGUGAGUGACAAAAUGAACCCAACCGAGUUGGUGAAGCUGAUUGAGAUUUUGAACCCAUCAAACAAGCCUGGGAGAAUUACCAUUAUUACAAGGAUGGGGGCAGAGAACAUGAGAGUCAAGUUACCCCAUCUUAUCCGUGCUGUUCGCAAUUCUGGACAAAUUGUCACAUGGAUUACUGAUCCAAUGCACGGGAACACCAUCAAGGCUCCCUGUGGUCUGAAGACACGCCCCUUUGACUCCAUUCUGGCUGAGGUGCGAGCAUUCUUCGAUGUGCACGAGCAAGAAGGAAGCCAUCCAGGAGGCGUCCACCUCGAGAUGACUGGGCAAAACGUAACCGAGUGCAUUGGUGGAUCCCGAACCGUGACCUUUGAUGACCUGGGCGACCGCUACCACACCCACUGCGACCCAAGGCUGAACGCAUCCCAGUCGCUGGAGCUCUCCUUCAUCAUCGCCGAGAGGCUGAGGAAGAAGAGGAUCCGGUCGUCGAAGCUCAACAACAUGCUGCCCUUGCCACGUUUCGGUGUCUGAAACUCUGGAUGGGUAAAAAAACCAGGGACGACGGACGGACGGGGGUAGAUAGUUGCAGCGAGCGCUCGAUGCAUAUUCCAUUUGUUGGUGGGAUGCUCUUGGUAAAAUCCUAUAUUUGCGAGCUUUUUUUUUUCUUCUGUUUGUAACCUUUGAGUUGGUAUAUAUAUGCUCUGUAAUAUCAUGCCAGGCUGAAAAGGCUGACAUUUUGGUUUCUGUAUUUCUAUCCUGGAUAAGAGAAUAAAUGCAAGAUAGAAGAAGGUUUUGUGAGAUA